AUGGCAAGAAAAGCGGACUCAGUAGUACCAGAGAUAGAAGUGGGAAGGCGGGCUACUAUACAUCAACAAAAUACAUCAAGAUUAUCAUCACCUAUAUUAUCAUCAGAACCAAAAACCCAAAAUAAAGAUCAAAAUCUACAACAAAAAUAUUCAGAAUGUAUAGAACAAAAUGAAAUUUUAACAAAAAGAAAUAGAAUAUUUUCAUUGAGGAUUACAGAAUUGGAAAACAAGAUUAAGUCGUUGAACAAAGAAAUCUCAAAAUUAAAAGAAAAUGAAAUAUUGGGGCAGUCUUUAAUUGAAAUAGAAUCAAAUUUUCAAGAUAAUUACAACAGCUUUCUCAGUGGUAUACAACAAAUACGACAAAAACAUGGAUUAAAACUACCGGUAAAUAAAUUCUCAACUAGUCAUAAACCAGUUAAGAUUGAGCCUAAAACAAAAAUUGAUGAAGCUAUACCGCAAUAUUUCAAGAAGGAUAAUAUAAAUUCAGAAUCUUCAAAAAUCUCAAGCGAUAAAUUUAUUAAUAUUAGUGACGAACUGGAUUAUGAAGAUGAAACGUCCGGCGUAAGAAUAGGAGUAUUUGCAAAACAAAGAUCAUCGGAGUUACAUCGUAACGACAAAAAUUCGAGUUUAUUUGUACAAAGUGAUUAUGAUGACGAUAAAGUAGACAAAGAAGCUACAAUUACAAAAGAUGAUGAACCACCAGUUAAAGAUAAGACUUUUGAUAAAAGUGUAGAUCAGGAAAUCAGUUUUAUGGAUAAAAUUAAAGAAAGGGAAAUUGAAGAAGAUCUGGAAGAUGAUCUUAUGACUGUCAAAUCUAAGAAAGUGCAACACAAAAAUGAUAUCAUAGAUUCUGAUUUGGAAAUGUCAGGUUUUCUUGAUGUACAACCAAAAAACGAAGAACCUAAAGCUGAUGAUAGGUCUGAAAGACGAAAAACAAGAUUGCAAAAAAAGAAAACUAUCGUUACCAAAGUUACAGAUGAAGAACCCGAAUCAACAACUGUCAAAAGAAAAGCUAGACCAACUGAGGCACCCGAGAAGAGAAGAAAGCCACUUGCAAAUAAAACCAAUACAACUACAGACGAUAAUGGUAAGAAAAAAAGAGAAAAUAGAUUUAAAAAUUGCGACUUGUCUAUUUUUGAUUUUGAAUAA